AUGGCGAACCUUCCUAAUUCGCUCUCCAUGAAUGCUCCCUUCGGAGGACCUGGUGGCCCUGACCCUGGCGGCGCAGGAGCGCCGGCCGGAAAGGAACGGAGAAUGGCGUCUGCCGAGCACUUGGUUCUCGAGAUGAGCAACCCCGACCUUCGUGAAGAGGGUUGCUGGGUCUGGAACCACCAUCUCUGCCAUCAAUCCCCCUCUUCCUUCCCCACUUCCCUUCUGCAAUUCCCGCUUGCCAAUUCCCCCUUUUCAUCACACUUGUUCGAUUAA